UCUUCUGCCUAGCAGACCCCCUGGCAUUGACCAGCAUCGAUGGUGAGACCAGAGGAAAACUUUCGUUGGGCCCGCUGUCGCAGGGCGAGUGGUCGUCAGUCAGGUGCCCAGCCCCUGGAGCGCUGAAGCUCAGACCUUUCCUGUCGCUCUGGUCUCCUGCACUGAGCUGUGUGAGCUCUUCUGCCCAGGUGGGCUCCCUGGCAUUGACGGGCAUAGAUGGUGACCCUGGAGGAAAACUUGUGUUGGGCCCGCUAUCCCUGGGCCAAUGUCGGUCAGCCAGGCACCCAGCCCCUAGUGCACUGAAGCUCAGGACCUUCCUGGAGCCUUUGGCUCCUGCACUGAGCUGUGAUGGUGAGCCUGGAGGAAGACUUGUGUUGGCCCACAGGCCCCAGGCCAAUGUCAGCCAGGUGCUCAUCCCCUGGUGUGCUGAAACUCUGGCCCUCCGUGGCACCCUGGUCUCCUGCACUGAGCUGUGUGAGCUCUUCUGUCCAGGUGGGGCCAUGGCCUUAAGCGGCAUAGGGUUUGGUGACCAGGAGGGUCAAUGGUGCCCCGUUUCCAUGAUGGAUGGUGAGCCUGGAAGAAGAGUUGUGUUGGGCCCCCACAGGCCCCAGGCCAGUGUCCUUCAGCCUGGUGCUCAUCCCUCCAGUGCAUUGAAGCUCAGAUCCUCCCCGGCACGCUGGUCUCCUGCACUGAGCUGUGUGAGCUUUUCCUCCCAGGCGGGCCCCCUGGAAUUGACUGGCAUAGCUCUCUCCCAGAUGGUGAAACCGGAGGAAAACUUGCAUUGGGCCUCCUGUUCCUGGGCAGGUGUCCAUCAGUCUGUUGCCCAGCCCCAUGAUGUGCUGAAGCUCAGGUCCUUCCUGGUGCCCUGGUCUCCUGCACUGAACUGUGUGAGCUCUUCUGCCCAGAUGGGGCCCAUGGCCUUAAGUGGCAUAGCCCAGUGUGACCUGGCUCUGUGUGUGGAAGGUGUAGGGCAUGAUGAAGACCCACCAGAGAAAGCACGUGGGCCCGGAGGCCUCCAGGCUUUGAUUUCAGGGCUUGGUGGUCGGGAGGGCCAAUGUUACCCUGUGUCCAUGAUGGAUGAUGAGCCUGGAAGAAGACUUCUGUUGGGCCUCAACAGGCCUCAGGCCAGUGUCCAUCAGCCUGGUGUUCAUCCCCUGGUGUGUUGAAGCUCAGACCCUCCCUGGCACCCUGGUCUCCUGCACUGAGCUGUGUGAGCUUUUCCUCCCCCCUGGAAUUGACUGGCAUAGGGUUCGGUGGCACACAGGGCCAAGGGUGUCUGUGUCAGUGACAAGCACGUGGAUCUCACCACAUGCAUCCAUGGAGGAUGAGCAAGUACGAGCUGGCAUGACCUACCUCCUUCCCCUCAUGGAGGUCAUUUUGGACACAUGUCCUCCAGCUCUCUCCCAGAUGGUGAAACCGGAGGAAGACUUGCUUUGGGUCUGCUGUUCCUGGGCCAGUGGCCAUCAGCCUGUUGCCCAGCCCUGUGAUAUGCUGAAGCUCAGGCCCUUCCUGGUGCCCUGGUCUCCUGC